ACACCAGUCUGUUCACUACACAAGAAACUGGUCUGGUCAUGCUGCAGAUGGGAAAUGAUUACAACCUUGUUAGACGCCUAGUAGCAGCAGAUUUGGGUUUUAUUUUUUAUUACUUUUUUAACCACUUGGAGAACAUUUUUGAAAAUUAACAUAGGAGAUUUGUCUGAGGGAAACAAGUGUGCUGCCUCCAGCUAUUCCUUCAUUUUAGUGAAUCACUGCGAAGGAAUUUUUUGUGGAAUAAACAACUUUCCCAAGGCGCUUUAUCUUUCAGCAUUGUAUUUCAUGAGAGGCCUUGUAAGAAAUGCUAAUCUGAGCAAAAUAACAAAAAAAAAAUUUUUUUUUAAUAAUUUUUAUAAAUUGUAUUAUCACAUCAACUUUUUGAAAUCUACAGCUCAGUUAUAUUUCUGACUCUGAAUGCGUAACGAGACCCUGGCAACAAGAUGCGGAUUUGGGGAUGUUUUUUACGCACCCUGAACUCCUGGAUGUCUGACGAUCCUUUGAAGUUGAAAGAAUGCUGCACUUUUGGGGGAUAAUGUUCUAGAGUCCUAGAUGAAACCUGUGCAAGACAGCAAUAAACAAGGGACGAUAUAACUACACUGUCUUUCACUGAUUCAAGUCUAACAGCUGGAAUAUUGAUUAAUGACAUUUUUACCCAGAGGUCACCAUAAAACUUAGACAACCUGACAAGUCUGGAUAAGCCGGGCAAACGAGUGCCAAUGCGCUUAGUCAUUUUAAGAUGAAGUUAUGGAAGUGUGUCGCCAUCGUCUUGAUGCUCUGUGGUGCUGCACUCUCCGUCUUACUCUCUAGGAUGCUGAUUUCCUCCAAAGCACAUGGUCUUCCUCAUUUUGAGCAUUCAUCUUCUUUAUUAUCCUCACCAUCAUCAGCAUCAUCAAUGUCUUCAAAUCACUCCUCACCUGGGACCAGGGGAAAGUUGCGGAGGGUCAGGUCAGCAAAUGAGGACAACUCUGUCAUCUCUGAAUUCAUGCACAUAUUCCAGAGUUUCACGGAAGGCGAGUUGAAGCAGAUCAUCCGCACAUUGGUGAAGAGGAAGGCCCAAAGGGAUGCUAAACUGGGCAAAAGAACUAAGCGGGCUAAAAAGGGUACCAAGCCAUGUUCACUGACAGACAAGGAGGUGACAGUAAGCCAACUCGGCCUGGGCUACGUCAGUGAUGAAGUUAUCCUUUUCCGGUACUGCAGUGGCAAAUGCGUGGCCAGCCGUCGCAACUAUGACUUGGCACUGGCAAAGCUGAAGGGGCAGCGUUUGUUGACCAGAGAGAGCACGGACAGGGCUCGGCACAGCCCGUGCUGCCGGCCAACGGAAUAUGAAGAGAUUACCUUCCUGGACAACCACAGUCAGUACCACACCAUCUAUGAGGUUUCUGCUCUGAAGUGUGCUUGUGUAUGACAUCAAUUACAUGGAAAAUGCAGAUUCUUCUUCUUUACUUAAAGACAUAAGAAGAAGUUUGUAAGAAGUGCAAAAAAAACUAAACAAAAAAAAGAAUAUAACAUAGAAAACAAGUCAUGACAGUUCCGGGGAAAACAAAAAAGGAAAGAGUGCAGGCUAUAAACAAGGAGGCUGUGAGUGAUUUGUAGAGUACAGCCUUACCAUUUGGGGUGGAUAAUAUGAAAUCAGGCUUUUAAUGAUGCAGUCUAUGUUUUUUCCCCCCUUCUCCAUGACAGACAAACAGGCAUUGGAAUCUGCUCAGCCUGAAAAGUCCUAUUUUUUAAGUUAAAAACUGUGUUAAAAAUAUACUCGUGUAUCUUGCCCUUUCACGCAAAUCUACCAUCACAUUCCCCAUACACACACUUUGCAAGGUUUUGAUGCAAAAAGUUGUUUGAAAAGUUGCUUAAACCUUAGUACUGUUAACUCUAGCACCACCUUUAAUUUAAAAUAUACUACAUCGAAAAACUGACAAAAAAAGGAAUCAAAGUUCAGAAAAAUUCAUUUAAGUUUGGUGUCACUGGGUAAGAGAGAACACAAUCUAGCCCAUGAAGUUUGUAAAAUCAUGUAGCCCUCAAGACAAACCAAUCCAUGGUGUGGAUGGAUGUUGGUGUUUCACAACAUGUAUCAUUUAAUUGUUGAUAACCUAUGAUUUACUGGUAAAGGCACCCUGAUGGGUGUCUCCUGAUCGAAAUGAUAAAGAGCAUAAAAGAUGAUUUAUCAGAGGUCUGUUUCACCAAAAACAGGAACUCACAUGAACGUAGUGUCUCUGCAUGGCUUCAUGUCGAUUUAUGUAUGAGACAUCAAUAAGCUUUCUCAAAGAUAAUACCAUGCUGUCAUAUCAAAUUAAAUUUUAACAAUCCAGGCCUCACUUAAGCUGUUUUUAUCAGACACAUCUGAUCACAUCACUUUUCAGAGGAAAUAUUCCUUAGGGGAAAAUGUGGUUCAUCAACAUUUGCAAAAACAACUCACACAGACUAGUCUCAACACAAUACGAACGCUAUCUCGUUUUCUUGGGAAAAAAAUUAAAGUGUUCCAUAAAUCAGACUUUUUGCACAAAUGAGAUAACAGAUGGUUUAGAGAUAUUUCUUUCACACCCUGUGCAUGAUUUGAGAAAACACAAAUUCUUACUGAAUCAAAGGUAAAAAUAUGGGAGGGAGUAAAUUGAGGCACUGUUAUGUAAGUUUUAAAUUCCAACCCGCUUGCAGAAUUAGAUCCGAUUGCUGCAUUUGACUGCAAAAUCAGUCGAGGAGCAGGUGUCCUGUUAAGACUGUGACAGGAGGAUUGUGUCUGAGAUAGCCUCACCAAAUCCAUUCCAUUUUCGUAAAUCCUAUAACAGACUACUCUAAUCCACUUAGUGCCUUUCGAAGAGACUCGGACAAACACUGAAUGCUGAAGUGGACAAAACAGUAGGUCAUUUCAUUACCAAAAGUAUAUUCUGUUUACUUAGUGGAGUUAUUUGUUAGCACCUCAUAUUUAUUUAAGUUAGAUGCAUUGUUCCAUCUAUAGUAAAAUCAUUAAAACAGUGCUUGUAUAGUGUCUAUAUACCUCAGUAUAAUCACUUGAACUUCUAUCCCCGGGUCUAACUACAACGCAAGAUAAUUCCAUCCAGAAAUAUCACCACCUCAGGCAGACUGAUAUUAAGCUGCAAGAACCUCAAAGCACAUUAGUCUACACAAGUCUGAUUUUAACAUAACAUUUUAAAUAAUAAAUGUAGCUAAUGAGUAUAUUAGUAUUUAAUAAAUUUAAUGACCUGAAAAAAAAGAAAAUUCCGACCACCCUGUACCAACUACAUUAUUGAACUAGAUUCUAAGCAGGCAGGGUGUUAUGCUAAAUGCCACCAGGAUUUUCUUUCUGGUAUUUAUAGAUUAUUCCCAACCCUGUGCAUUAAACCAGAUAUCAGGAUACUGGUGAAUUUUGUGCAUGCAGCAUGAUAAAAUAUAACUAAGGCACAGCAAAUAUUCUAUUCUUUUUUUUUUAACGUUCACUGGAUGUACUGAUUGAAACACUUCCUAUUCUGACACUUUUAUGUUUUACUUUCCUCAAACCAAAAUGUAUUAUUUAAGCUGAUAUUAUGGGUGUAUUAUAAAACACAACCUAUCACCACAGAUACAGCCGCUUUGCCCGGGCUUUGUUGGAACUGGUCGACCAACUACAAUAAACAUUGAUGCAAUGCAUCUGUAUAAAGGUUUAUAUAUAUAUAUAUAUAUUUAUUACAGAGUAAGUUAUGGUUUAUUUAUUUACAUACUGUAGCAUCACAGACAAAACAGGAGCAUUUAUUUAUUGAAUGUAUUGGUGCCAAAGUCUCAUGCAUUAUGUUCUUAUCACAGUUUAAUAAACUGUA